GAUCGGGGCAAACAAUCGAUCGAAUCCCAUUCAUCGGACACCCCGACGACAGCAACCGCUCCAGCCACCGCCACCCAUUCAUCUGCCAAUGCACAGCCCGCAACAUUUCCAUGUCAAGCGUCAAAGAGGAGUCAAAGCCGGUUGUCAGCAAAGCCGGCAAGAAGAGAGUACAUCGGCGACAACGAGCGAAAGAACAAAGAACGGCGGACAGCGAUAGAAGCAACGAUGAAGAUGAGUCUGCGCGAGAGACUGCUGCCGGAAAGAAGCGACGUCAAAAUCCAAUGUUACAAACGCUUAAAUUUGCUCGAUUGAGGAAUGUCGCCCGCCGAGUGAUAAAGAAGCUCCUCAAUAAGCAAAAAGACUUCCCCCGGCAGCCAAAAUUUUCAUCGAAAACUGGUCAGGCGAUUGGAAAGCGAUGCCUCGCCUUAAGUAUAUCACCAAAAAUCGCCACUCUGAGGAUGCUG